GCAUCGCGCUCUGUGAUUGGUCCAGGCGUCCUGGCAUGUGGAUUUAAAUUUACAGGCAUCGGACCAGUUUAUAAUAACUUGCAUCUACUGGCGUCUGUUUUCCCAUGUGUUUCACAUUAGAGACCUAGGACGCGUUUAAAUAUCAGUGCUGUUCAUUUUGUAAACGUUGAAUAAUGGUGGUUAUGGAGGAAAGCCUGAGAACAUUGACCAGGGUCUUCAGGAGAGAAUGUCACAGGGUGUUAGACUCUGAGAGGACCACCAUCCAAGGGGCUGAUGGGAUGCUGAUGGUCCUACAACUUGCUAUGGCUGGGGUCAACAAGCAGGAACAUGGGGACUUUGGUGUUGUUUUGAGUGAAGUCUUGGCUGCCUGGAAAUACUUCCUUCUGGAUAAGCUCCAGCUAUCCCACAACGAUAUCCCUCUUCCACAAAACUAUGACCUCAUCCGAAAAGAGUAUGACUGCUUUUUGAAACGCACCAAUACUGUGGACUUGAUUGACGUCUUCAUUAUGUUCAAGGAGCUUCGGAUAAAUGAGGACCCUGAGGAGCCCCUAACCGCAAUGCAACUGUUUCAGUUUCUCAUUGGUGAGAAGGAGAGUUUGGAGAAAAUGGAUCCUUUUCCUUUGUGUCCCGCAACUCCAUCUAACAAGGCAAUCUGCAGUCCACAGAUACAGAGAGUUGUCAGGAGAGUUUUCUGUUUUUAUUUGGGCCUUCUGGUGAACUCUAAGAACGACCUGGCCCUCGCAUACACCCUGGACAACCCAGAUCGCUCUCUGGGUCACAGCGCCUUUACUGACCUUAGACAUGCUGCCUGCGACAGCGCCUCGUCUCUCUUCCUGACAGUAACAUCAUUUGUCAGGGCCAUACAGUUGGGAGGAAAGGGGUACGCCCCACCUGAGUCUCACCCCUUAAGGAAGCACGUAAAGGGUUUAUCGGAGUUUCUUAACUUUGUUGACCAGUGUCAAGAAGUCCUGGGAGAAACCCCUAAUCCCAGAGAAGCUGGAUCCAAGCUGGUGUCUAGUAUUAGAGCUGCUCUGGUCAAAGGCCGCAGUAAUGGAGACCCAGUCUACCUUGCAGCAGAGGAUACGGCCAAAAGUCUCAAGGAAAGAAUUGGUCAAAUACACACCAUGCAGACACAUUCAGUGGUUGGCACGGGAAUCAGUCCAGCAAGGCCCAAAGCAUAUGCUAUUAACCACUCCACUGCCUAUGGGGGACGAGAGACUGUUAAGGUUCUGAUGACUCUUUUGGAUGAAGAAGCACUAGCACCGCCCUGCAGGAACAAGGCGGAAUUGCUCUCUGAAGAUCAUGCAGUUCUUAAUGGCAGCUCUGGAUUUUGUCUUCUUACCCUUUACAAAUCUCCAGAUGCUCCCACGGGAUCUUCUCCAAAGCCUUUACGGAACCGCAUCUUGAGCCAACAAGAACACAUCAAGUCCAAGGUUGUGCGGCCAACCAUCCGCUCUCAGUUUGCAUGCACAUACAAGGAUGAUGAGCUGCCCCUCAACCGGGUGUUGGAGUUUCCCAGCACCAGCCAACUUCCCACCUGUAUGCACCCUGCACCCAAAAAACCCAUCCCUUUAUCAGUGACUGUGGAGGAAGAGCAUGACCCCACUGGGAUGGACAUCAGUGUCAAAGAUAUGGACCCAGAGGCCACUAACUUAAGGCAUGAAGGUCCUGGCCAAACUGCUCUGGGGGAACAUAGUGGAAAUGCUUGGAUCCGAGCAGGUGGGAAGGGGACCCAGCCAGAACAGCUCAGAAGAGCAACCGGGACCUCAAAGAGAAAGCUCGCCAAUAGAGAGUGCACCGAGCAAGGAAGAGAAGAGAACCAGCCCCCUCAGAAAAGACCCCCUGCCAAGGCUCCUGCUGGAGGCCUGGGGAAAAGGAACGUUAAAGCUGCAAGCAAGAAGCUUAUCGCUGGUCAGGGCAAACUCACCGGCUUUUUCAGACUGUAAUUUACUCACCAGUGAUGCUCUGUUUUGGCAAUGAAGUCAGGUUUUAUUCAUUAGUAGAUUAAAUGCAUUUAGAGGGGCAGUUCACCUGAAAUUGGUAAUUUACUCCCACUCAUGCUAUUCUAAACUUUUUGUUUUUGGGUGAAAUAGCCAUAAAAAUGCUUUUAAUACGUCGUGUCCCUCUUCUCCAGAUUAUUACUGACGGGAUGUGUGUGUAUGUGUAUAUAUUUGUGUGUGCAUGUUUGCGAUGUUAAGGGAAGACUAUGAGUUGGCAGAGAAAGAACUCUAUCAUUUCAUUUUAGGAUUGUGUGACAGUCAUGAUAUAUGCUCUCUGUUCCCCUUGAACACGACUCGUACUUUGCAGAUUUUAAUAAAAUUUUAUUUCAGUUCUUUUUAAAUCAUACAA